CAAAGCAAGCUCUCGGCAGGAUGUUGAAGCCAGACGGGGGUUUCUGUGUCACCAGCAGAGCCGUUAGCAGUAAGCAGGUACAACAUUACAGGAAGUAGAGGAGGUUUGGGAAAUGAAAUGCAAGCAGGGUUUAUAAAAGAUGAGGUAGCACAUCAAAUGACGGGUAGAACGGUUUUCAGAAAGCUAUUUGUGGCCUGCGUCUUUGCACGCCAAAAGCAGACCGUACAGAAUGGAGACGCUUCUUUUUCUAUUUCCUCAAUUUAACUACAUGGCCCCGAAGGAGGAAGCGUAUUUCAAAAUGUUUGGGCCAGAGGACUUGCAGGCUACAAAGAUGAAGGACGACAGUAGCAGACAGAAAGACAAGGAGAAGAGGAGUCGACUAAGCCUUUUUCUCACCAAGUCGGGCUCCCAUGAAAAUGUCAGUCCCCAGAAAAAGACAAAUACGACGCAGAGCAACAUCUCAACAGAGGCAGCCUUACAAUGGAGCGACUCAUUUGAAGAACUGCUACAGCAUUCAGAUGGGGUAGAGACCUUCUCUCAAUUUCUCAGGACAGAGUUCAGUGAAGAAAACAUUGAAUUCUGGUUGGCCUGUGAGGAAUACAAGACCAUAGACGCUGAAAAAAAGCUGCUGUCCAAAGCCAAAUAUAUUUAUUCGGUUUUUAUUGAAUCGGAAGCCCCCAAAGAGGUCAACAUUGACUACAACACCAAAAUGGCCAUCCAGAAGAGCAUGGCGCAGCCCACAAAGAGCUGUUUUGAAACGGCCCAGAUGAAAGUCUACAGCCUGAUGAAAAAGGACUCGUACCCCAGGUUCCUGCACUCUGACAUUUAUCUGCGUCUAACCAAGAAGAAGGGCCCCGGGGCCACAAUGUUUCGCAGAAGGUCACGCUCCUGUGUCUUCAACGAGCGGGGGGAGGCCACGAGCGAGCCCUCAGCUUGGUAGUUGGAACAUCGCAAGGGGUUGAGGCUGACUUUGUGGAACGGAUUCAAUAUCCACCGGCAAAUAAUCUGUGAUUUGUGGGAAAAUCGUUGAAACGCGAAAUGGGAUGUUGUAUUCGAGCAUCCUGAGGUUCUUAUCUGCACAUGCGUAUUUAUCUCUGUGCAGCCAACUCGUGGCUUAUUAACCUAUGCAUCAGCAGUGAUUGUCCAAAAGGUACAUUUUGGGAAAUACCCGUUCUUGUCAAGAUUUAAAUAAGGUUUUUAAGAUCGUAAUAUUCGCAUAAGGGGUUUUAAGAUACCAGUUAGCUGUUUUAUCUUAUGCUACCAUCAGGGGAUUAGAAUCCCCAUGUACGUGUUUAGCAAUCAAAUAAAUUAUUCACUUCUAACUGUUUUCAUUUAAGCUUCUUGAAUUAUAUAAUUUAAAUAAACGUUGCAUGUGGUGAAAAUUGCACAUUGUGGUUAAGUGCUGUUGUGGGUCAGCCUGAAAUUUUCACUGAGUUCCCGGCGGCCUAAUAAAAAUGCUAUGAGUAGUUUAAUUUCUGUCCGUUUAAAUCAAUCUAGUUUAAGGUUCAGACAUGAGAAGGGUGAAAAAUGUGUCAUUUGACUCCUUACUUGAACGUUAAAAGGCAUCAUCCAACCAAAUUUUGAACAAUUUCUCGGGAACGGGACAUAUCACAGCUGCGUGGUUAUCGGAAAGUGGUCGACAUCUCUUGGCCAGUCGGCCAGCUAUUGGCUGCGGUCUGAAUCUUUGUGGAUAAUCUUGCUACGUUUCAGACUGAGGCCCUGUACUGAUUGUGACAACUUUUAGUGGGAAAGUUAGUCAAGGAAUCUCAGCUGAAGCCCCCACCCCCACUACUGACGAUAUCAGGCCAACUACGCUGAGGCAACCCUUCAGACUUCCAUGUUUCACUUCAGUUGCCUUGUUCCCCUAUCCAGCAGUCGCACCUUAUACAACAUUAAUACUGUUGAUAUGAGUUAAUUUCACCGAAUCUCAUUAAAAUGAAGCCGCGAUGUUAUCUCUUGCGCUGUCCAGCCUCCUCCAGACUAACGAGUGUUGAAAGCCUGCAGCCGUGGUGACUGCAAAGCACUGAAACUCUUCCUUUUUUCUAUUUUUGUUUAACUAGGUUCUCUUGUUUCUGUUUUUAAUUAGAAGUUCCCGAAUUCGCACACAUGUAAUGCAUAUUUCUUUGUUGAAUACUAAUAUAACUUUAUUAUGAUGAUGAUUGCUGUUUUUUUUGUCUUUUUUCCAUCUAAUAUAAUAUAUAUGUUGCUUCAUUUGUUGUAAAUUGUACAUAUUGCUAUAUCUGCAGAGAGUCAAAUAAAAGCUUUCCUGC